AUGGCGGACGACGCAGCGAUCCAAGCAAACAAAAUCCUGAUCCAUGCCGCUCGCACGGACAAUCUGGAGCUGCUGAACUCGGUUCUGCGGGCUGAGCCUGCAAUCGCGUAUGACAUCAACUAUGCAGACGGCCUGGGCAACACGCCGCUGCACUAUGCGUGCCAGAUGGUUUCGACCAGUGUGCUGGACCCCAUUCUUGAGGAGGAAGUUGACGUGGAUGCGCAGAACCGGCUGGAUGGCAAUGCCCCACUCCAUGUGGCAUGCCAGGUCGAGCAUGAGGAAGCGCGCAAUUGGCUCGUACAGGAGCUGCUGGAUGCGGGCGCGAGUCCUGCUACGCGGAACCAUGCGGGACUGCUACCAGCCGACCUCGUGGUCGGCGACAAGGCGACUUCGCCGCUAGGCCAGGCUCUCCUGCAAAUGCUGACGAUGAGCCGGGCCGAGGCGAACCUUGGUGCGGACGAUAUCGCUUACGGUAUGUAUACCCACUACUUAUACAGAUGA